AUGGGCGCAAAGUACGGCUUCUUGAUCCCGGACUCGUACGUCCAGGAGAUUCCGGGCGCCGCCGACAUGAACACGUCCAGCAUUUUCUGGGGUUUCUCUCUCGGAGUUGCCUUGUUCUCCGCAGGCAAAGCAGCACGGCAGAGCCAACGAUCAUGGCAACGGUCGAAGCGUGUCUCCGCUUACAUUAUUAUGCUCUGGGGAGUGUGGAUCAGUAGCAUGAUCUUGGGGGUGCUCGCUUGGGGCUUCCAGAGGCAAUACAUCCAGCCAAGUUUCGCAUUCUAUUUCUGCGUCGCACUAUUCUGGGCUAUCCAAGUACAACUUCUUCUCCAGAUCAUACUCAAUCGUCUCGGCCUAUUGAUGGUUGUACCUGGCCGAGCAACUAGACUGAAAUGGAUGGUCUUCGCUCUCAUCCUAGCCGUCAACAUCAGCGUCUUCGUCAUCUGGAUGCCGGCGCGUCUCCAAAUCAACAAGACAUGGAUCCACCUCAACAUCAUCUGGGAUCGAUGCGAAAAGAUCAUUUUCGCUCUUGUCGACGGCGUGUUGAACGGCUACUUCAUCUACCUGGUCCGAUCGCGCCUCAUUAAUAACGGUCUUACCAAAUAUAUGCCCUUGUACCGCAUGAACCUAGGCCUGAUCUUUAUUUCUCUGUCUUUGGAUGUCGUCCUCGUUGGCCUCAUGUCACUGAAGAGUAGUUUGGUGUACCUUUCAUUCCAUCCAGUUUGUUACCUCCUGAAACUGCAGAUCGAAAUGACAAUGGCCGAGCUCAUCACCAAAAUCGUGCGAUCAUCAAACGCUAGGGGAAGCGAGGAUGCUUACUACAGACAUUCUUCGGGUGGCAAGUCCAGAAUUGACGGCAGCACCGGAAAGUCCAAGUUCUCGAAUACCCUAUCGAAUGGAUAUAAUGCCACUUUCCGGGGAGGCAACACCACCCACGUCGGUGUUGGUGAUGUCGACAGUGACGCCGAGCUCGAAGCUCGCGACAGCGCCAAUCCCGCAACCCUCGAGAACGGCAUCAUGAAGACUGUGCAGACGACAGUCGCCAGCAGACCUGUCGAGGAGAGAGAUGACGGAGAUGCUGAGAGCACAAAUAGCUCCACUAUGAAGCUAAACUAUCGCAGUAUUCAUCAGUAUUGAGCAAGUUACUGUUUUCGGUUCCUCACUCCCUCGGAGGUGGCAACAAUUGGCGUAAUGAGACGGCGGCGUUUACAUGUAAAAUUAUACAGUUAUUUUUGGCGAAUACCACACUUCCGGC